GUUCUUGGCGUCUUCCCUCUCAUGGCGCCAGUGGACUCGGAUCUGCUGCGCGCGCUGGAGCAGCUCCAGGACGCCGCCGAUGCGGUGUUUGGGAGGAUCACGAGCCGCGUCGGGAUGGAGCGCGAGCGAUUGCAAGAUCUGUCGAGGAGGAUCCAGACGGUGAAGGCGAAUGUGGAUUCUAUCUCCGGGUCGAGGCAAGCGAUAACGGUGCUAUCGAGCGCGAAAUAUCCGCAGGUUUCUUCCGAUGCUGUGGAUUUCAAGCCGCUGUUUGGAGGACACGACGAGCCUCUGCCAGUCUUCAAAGUAGAGCUCAAUAUGGGGAAUUUUCAGGAGGAUGAAAACGAAGGAACGCUGGAGCUCUUUCGUUUUUUCAUGGAAACUAGCCAUGAACGAUUAAAUGUUACACCAAUGCACAAGGAUGAUGCUGAUUUUAAUGAUAGAUCCAUAGCAGACGUUCUUCCUGAGCAUACUAAACUACCAGAACAAGCUACAUCCGAGGCUUCUGGAAAAUCUACCGCGCUUUAUCCGCCACCUCAGAGUCUCACUCAAAGAAACAAUCCAGCUGCUCCAGGUCUAGAAGAGUAUGGAUUCAAGCCGACAUUGCGUCAAGUUCCUCUGUUCACUUUGCCCUCCAAAAUUCCGGACUUGCCUAUGGUGGCGGAUAUUAGCUGGACAGGCUCGAGGACUGACGUUCAGGAGUUAACAUCAAUCGUGCCUUCGGCAAGCAAUAAAAGCUCUCAAAAGCUAGAUGCUCCCAAAGCUGAAGAAUCGAGAAAUCCUUCUCAAAUUACCGUUCCUCCUGCACCGAAAAUGGAGGAGGCUCCCAUGCCGCAACUACGUCCACCCCAGCCGCCCCCUCGACUAAUUUCUCAGAACACGAAGGACGAUAGAGGAAAAAGCAUAAUCCCUCCGCCACCACCACCAUUGCCUUCUCCACCUAUGAUAAGCAGCACCAUGAACCCUGGGGCAGCAAGCAAGGACAAGGCGUCUGCAUCCUCGUCAACUCCUCCACAAGCUAUUCCUCCAAUUGAACCGAAUAGAGCAGCACUCCUUGCGUCCAUUCGAAGUCCAAACAUCAAACUAAGAAAGACCGACGUGUCCGAGAAGACAUCAGAACCAACUCAAGAAGCCGAGCCUCCGCAUUCUAAACAGGCGGACCUGCUUGCUGAGAUGGCGUCGACGCUAAAAAUGCGAAGGCUUUCAAUGAAAGGCGCCACUCACGGCAUGUCUAAAGGUUCCGACACUGGAGCAAGCUCGUCCGCGAGGUCUCCGUUGCCGGCAAGUUUUAAUCGUCUCGUCUUUGGCCAAAGCUUGGAUGAUUUUUUCUCCUUUUUUGCAGAUUGCAAACUUGAAAGCGUUCCUCCCACAAACUUCUGGCAGUGAUGGAGAUGAAGAUGAUUGGGAAGAUUAAAGAGAUGGAUUUCACGUUUGAAUUGUCCGAAGUGACAAGCGCCGUACACGUGGCAUGCCAAGUGGCAUGCGCAACGCAUCCAAUGAUCUGGAUAUGUUUGAAAUUUGGGGAAUAUUUCCC